AUGCCAGAUGUUGUCCUUAGUACAAUCCCCACAACCACUACCACUCCCACCACCACUACACCCAUCCACUACCAACCCACAUAUCCACAUCAACAGCUCGUUGGCGCCCUUAUCAGACGGCGGCGCAACCGGUACAUGCACGACCGUCAGCCGUCAAACUCCCCUGCCACAGGCUGUUUUCACAGCCGGAACUUUACCACGAUUGCCGCUCAGGCCAUGAAGUCCCUGAUCUCCCCAAUCCCUCCAACUUCUCGUUUCUCAUCUGUCGACAAAACACCCCUCCCCUCACAAUAUAUUAAUGCCUGGCUUGCUGGCAUCAAUUCUCUCGCCACUGCUGCCUGCCCCAUCCCUAGUAGUCGGGCUGUGUCGCUGAAAGCUUGCGGUCCCCCUGCUCGCUCUGGACCCGCGCCCACCGAUGACCUCAUUGAUUGA